AAUCAUCAAUGAUAUAACAGAAAAGCCAUCCCCAUCCCUAUCGUAUCGACUGCUGCGUGCGAGCCAAACGGCUAAGACUCUCCAUAUUUAUCCGUUUUAGAGUUUUGUAGAGUUUAGACGACGAAGCCAAAGAUGUCACCGGCUCCACUGGUUCACGCUGAGGCGGCCGACGAUGUCCUGUCCACCGACCAACCCCUCAAGCACUCUCAUCAGAACAAGAAAGAAGACGAAGUCGUGGUUGAGGACGUGAAGGACGACAACGACAGGGAUGAAGACGACGAGGAUGACGACGACGACGACGACGAUGAUGAUGACAAGGAAGAUGGCGCUCAAGGUGGAAAUGAGUCUUCAAAGCAAAGCAGAAGUGAGAAGAAGAGUCGAAAGGCAAUGUUGAAGCUGGGCAUGAAGCCUGUUACGGGUGUUAGCAGGGUCACCAUCAAGAGAACCAAAAAUAUACUAUUUUUCAUCUCGAAACCUGAUGUCUUCAAGAGUCCAAAUUCUGAGACCUAUGUCAUAUUUGGUGAGGCCAAGAUAGAGGAUUUGAGCUCUCAGCUGCAGACACAGGCCGCCCAGCAGUUCAGGAUGCCAGACAUGAGUUCUGUGAUGUCAAAAUCAGAGAUUUCUGCAGCGGCUGCUGGAGCUCAGGCAGAUGAAGAGGAGGAAGAGGUUGAUGAAGCCGGGGUGGAACCUAGGGACAUUGAUUUGGUCAUGACACAGGCUGGGGUGUCAAGGAGCAAAGCUGUCAAGGCUCUCAAGACUCACAGCGGGGACAUCGUCAGUGCUAUCAUGGAGCUCACAACUUGAUUUGGGCAAUCAUAAUUUUCCUCUGCUCAUUGUUUACUUGAUGAUGAGUGUUUUUGAAUCGGUGUCGUAAUUAGUUAAAUUGGACGCCCAUCUAUGAGGCUGGAUUAUGCAUUUCUUUUCAUUUUUCGGGGGACUCAAAACAUUCGCAGUGAGGGUCUUUAGUUUUGCUCAUGCCCUUCACUCUUAAUUGAAUUAAUUAAGGAUUUCAUUAUUCA